AUGGCCAGCUUUAAAAUAACAGCUCCUGGAAAGCUUAUUCUGUAUGGUGAACAUGCAGUAGUUUAUGGGAAAACUGCAUUGGCUGCCAGUUUAGAUUUACGUACAACCUUGGAGUUCGAGGAAUUAAAACCUGACCAGUUGUACGUCUAUUUGUUAUUUCCAAAAAUAAGUCUAUCAGAAAAGAUAUCUAUUAGAAAGAUUGAAGAUUAUUUUUUCAAUGACAGAGCAUUGAAAAUUGACAAGGAUUCUGAUCAUUUUUAUAAACAUGUUCAAAACUUUGCUGAAGAUGUAGGCUAUGCAAACUUGCCACAGAAGUUGGCCAUAGAAGCAUUUUUCUAUUUAUUUAUCAGCAUUCUGAAGUACGACGAGGUCAAAAUCAAACCAUUUCGUAUACAAGUAGGUACCAUGCUGUCCGUUAGUUCAGGUCUAGGAAGUUCUGCAUCUUUUGCUGUCUGUCUAACUACUUGUUUUGUACAUUACGUUAAUCUACAAAAAAAUGUAUCUACAACAUUGGACAAAACGCAGUUGGACGCAAUAUCUGAGUACGCAUUAAAAUGUGAAAAAAUUAUGCAUGGAAAUCCAUCAGGUAUUGAUAAUGCCAUCUGUACAUAUGGAUCAAUAGUUGAAUUUCGAAAGAAUGAAAUCUUACAACCAAUUACUGGAACUAAAAGCAUGAGAGUUUUACUGGUAGAUACUAAAGUUCUGAGAAGUACUAAAGCUUUAGUAGAGAAAGUAGCUGAACUGAAAGAAAAAUAUCCAAAUGUUUUCCAACCGAUUUUGGAGUCUAUAGAUAAUGUAUCACAAAAAGCUUUAAGCAUAAUAAAACAAAUGAAGGAUCUAUGCGAAACGGACACCGCUGCGCUAAAUGAGUUCUAUGCCGAAUUAUUGACAUUGAUCGACAUAAAUCAAGCUUUACUUGCAUCUUGUCAAGUUUCACACUCGACAAUAGAUGAAAUCUGUGCGGAGGCAAGAAAACAUUCUCUUCGAGCAAAGCUAACUGGAGCUGGGGGUGGUGGAUAUGCAUAUGUUCUACUGCCUCCUGACACAAAUGAUGAUACAAUCACUGAAAUUUCCAAUGCAUUUGUAGAAAGAGGGUAUGGCAUUGAACUCACCAAUUUGGGGGGACCAGGAGUAAUGAUUGAAAGUUAAAAUAGUAAUAACUACUAUGUGAAAGUUGAAGAAAACUUAAAAUAUUCACAUUGACUGGUAUCAUUGGUUCCAUACUAUUAGCACCUAUAUUUUAUUAAACUUUGUUCAACUAAAGUUCAUGUACGUAAUUUUAUUAGGUGUUGGAAAGUAAUCUUUUAGCGAAAAAUAUUGCAAUUAUAUGCUUUGAUUUUAUUGUGAAUUUGACAAUACUAAUUUAUAGGAGUUAUAGUUUAGAAUCAUUUGGAAUUUCACUUUUAAAUUUCUAUAGUUCAUGAAUAUUCUUUAAUCAGAAUUGACAGACGAGUUUUGAAUAUAACUGAUUUGUAUAAUGUGGUCACAUCAUAGCAUUGAGUAUAACAGAGGUCACAACAUAGAAUGUUAAUAAAUUAUUUAUAAUUAUAAGCUGCCCUAAAUAUGAUACAAUUUUUUUGUUAAAAAUCCACAAAAAUAAAAUAUAAAGUCAAGUUCGAUUAACAAAAUAA